GACAAUCGGAAGGCCUCGGGAAUUAUACCAACUUUGAUGCAGACACUGACUGAAUGAUCAGAUUAUCUUGAAUAUUACUGCAAGAAAAUUUUGAUUUAAAGGUAGAAAUGACAGAGAAUAUAACACAGGGAAUUUUAGGAUACAUGCAACAACCAAACAAUUUCCAUGGAAGCUGCUUUCUGCAUUUUGUGAAUUAGAGUAAAAUGGCAAGGAUAUGGUUUUUGUAGAUUGAAGCUUACUCCACACAAUGACCAGAUCAUGCUUUAGGAUGCAAGAUUUUGUAAGGAGGUUUACAGUAGGCCUGUGCAUUGUUCUCCUGUUGGGGGCUGCAUUUGUCAUGGUGGAAUUUUUCUCUAUAACUUCAUUCACAUCAAGAAACCAAAUGACAGUCUCUACUGAGGUUAAUAAGCCCUUGGAUUGGAAAUCCGCUAACCGAGUGCAAAAUUCUCUCCGUGACAAAAAGGAAUAUUCUCUGCCUAUCCAAAAAUCCAUCCCAAAGCAUGAGCAAAAGUCUAUCUCAGUACUGAAAAAGCCCAUUGAUGUCAUAAGAUAUACAGCAAAACCGAACGUCAUCAAACCAGCUCCUACUCAUUAUGUCACUGUAAAUUUCGAAGGACGGCUUGGAAAUCAAGUAUUUGAAUUUGCAUCAUUAUUUGGAAUUGCCAAGCAUAACAAUUUAAUACCAAUCAUUCCUUCAAAUGCAUUACUACGCAGAAUCUUCAAAAUUACUGUGGGAAAUACUAAGCCUGAUAUUAAACACACCAAACGAUAUCAUGAGAAAAAAGGUUGCACCUUUGAACCAGCUCUAAUGUCUAUGGGUGAAUCCGAGAACCUAUGGAUAAAAGGUUACCUUCAAAGUUAUAAAUAUUUUCAGCAUGCAGAGAAGGAACUUAGAGAACAAUACACAUUUCAAGACCAUAUUGCACAAAAAGCCAAAUCCACAUUCCAAACCGUUAUUGCAACAAAGAAAAGCACCCCUGAUACUGUGUAUGUGGCUGUUCAUGUUCGUCGGGGGGAUAUGAAAAAUAAUCAAAAUUUUGUUAAGUAUGGAUAUACUAUUGCUAGCCUCGAUUACAUUAACAAAGCAAUGAACACAUUCCGAAAAGACUUCAAAAAUCUGCUGUUUGUUGUGGGAUCUGAUGACUUGAAAUGGUGCAAGGAGAACUUGAAGGAAGAUGACACUGUGUUUAUCCCCCCUGGCAGCUCUCCUGAAAUGGAUGUUGCGAUAUUGACGAACUGUAACCAUACAGUGGUGACCGUUGGCAGUUACGGUUGGUGGACUGCGUGGCUUAUCAAUGGUAAAACAAUCUACUAUAAAGGCUUUCCAACGCCUAAUUCCAAUCUGGCUGCCUUGUUCAAGGCAGAAGACUAUUACUUACCUGGGUGGAUACCGAUGUGAUUAGAAGACUAUUACUUACCUGGGUGGAUACCGAUGUGAUUAGAAGCUUUUAUAUGCUUUAUUUAAGGUACAUAUGCUCAAUUUUUUUAAUGUUAAAUUUAAUGAAGAUGCUAAGACUACAGCAUUAUACAAACAUGAUAAAUAAAAUGAGGUUAAGAUGUAAAUGAAAAUAGUUUCAAAAUAUGACCCUAUUUUUUGACACUUCUUCCAAAAGGAGCCCACGGGUUUGUCUUAUUAAGACAUACUGUGUGCUAUUUAUCCAAUUCUUGGAUAUGUGCGUUCUACGCUUUAGUAUAUUACACAUCAUCAAGCACAAAGAAUUUAGUGUGAUAGGCCCUUAUUCCUAUCUAUACCGAAGGUGGACUCGGCUAUUGUUUUCUGACUACGUGUAAAGAGGGCUCAGGCAAUACAUGCAUCAUACAAAUAAGACUGAUCAAAGAUGUCCGAGAGUUAAAUUUGUCAAGAAUGAACUUAAGAUUUUGACCUAUUCCUUCAUCUGGAAUUACCUCAAGGUACCUAUAGGUAUAUUAACAAUGCUAGUCUGGAAACAAAAAAAUUCUAGUAAUUAGGCCUAGAAUGUUUUUCAAUAUUUUUGUUUAGAACUAAAUUUUCGGCAAUUCUAAAAUCAUCAGCCAAAAUGAUUAAUAUUAUCAAGUAAUUAUGAAAACCCAAAUAUGGUUUAAAGAGAAAUGAUAUUAUCAAAUUCAUUUUAAUGUUUGAUUAGAUAUUGUAUUAUCUAUUUUGAAUUAUUAUUUGAAUUUUAUGUUGUCAUUGAAAUAGGAAUUUUUAAAUUUAAUUACUGUACAACACUACAGGAACCAGAUAUUAUUUUAUGUACUAUAAAAAUCAUCAAUUAUUAUGUAGAUUUUUCAUGCAUUAAUUUUGUUUGUUGUUGUAAUGCAGGAAUGUUUGUUAUUUGUGUAGAGUUGAUCCUGUGAGUCUGGACAGUAUGUUUCUCACUCAGGGAUCUUUAUGCUUUUAUGUUUUGUCAACAUAUCAAAUAGUUGAUUAUAUUUUGAAGCCAAAUGUAUAUGCUUGGGGUCUUAGUUUGUAAAAUCCUAAAUUACAAUGAAGUCAAGAGAAAUUACAGACCUGUAAGAUAUGAGUAGAAAUUAUAGUCCUACAAAUGUUGUAUAGAGAUGACAGUCUCACAAGCUCUGAAUAGAGAUGCUAAGAGUAGAAUUGAGUCCUCAAGCUUUGGGUAGAGAGCAGAGUACUACAAACUCUGGCAAGAUAUUACAAAGAAGGUAGUUUUUGUUGACACAUUGUAUUCAGUUAGUCUCAUAACCUUGAACAAUUAUUCUCAUUACUUUUUCAAAUUAUCCAACAACUUGAUAUUCUGAAUGUCUAAUGAUUUUAAUGAACAAAUCAUCUCUUACUAUGAUAUUCAGGGAUAUUUCAAUGUUGCAGCAUGCAUUUGAAAAAAUAUAUACAUGUAUAAUGAUGACCCAACCUUAAAAAAAGAAUUGCUUGUAGUGUGAUUUGAACUUGUAUACACAUGUAGUGUCCCAUAUCAGAAUAAUUUCCUUUACCAUUGGGUCUCACAGAACUGGAAGUGUUUAGAAACUUCUCCUUUGUAAAUUUCACUGACAGUUGUUAAGGAAUGAAGACUGUUAGACAAUUUCUUCUAUAUAUAUACCAAAUGUCAAGUACUUACAAGGUAGUUGAAAAGGGAUGUUCUCUUUGCAAUGCCCUUGUUUUAGUUAAUUUAUACUUCCUUUUCCAGAGUGGAAACCAAAUACUCAAAUAUAUGUAUAUCUUUAAAAAGUUCCAAGCCUUCUUUAUGAUAACAUAAUAACAGCGAUACAAAAUAAAGGACUAUGUACAUGUUUCCAGUUUGGAGUGUAUGGUUCAAGUCUUAUUCAUCUUUUCAAAAACACUUUUUUUUAAAGUAAGAUGUUUGAGAUUUGAAAUAGAAUUUGUUUUUGGUGUUAUUUCUUGUAUUUUCUUUACAUUAUAGAGCGAUGUUAAUUAUAGGAUACCAGUCGCGUAUCUUUGAAAGUCAAAAUUUGUAAAAUAUUCUCCAAGUGGCUUCAUAUUUGCAGACAGAAAUUUAUUUUUUUCAUCAAAAUUACUAAAUUUUGGAAAAGGCUAAGAUAAUAUAUUAGGUACAUAUCUUAAGGUUACCAACUAUUUUUUUUAAAAUUAUAACAAUACAAGAAAGUUAUACAUAUUUUGAUAUAUGACAAAACCAUGUACAUCCUUCAAACAAUAUUAUAUGAUUUUGAUUACAUAGUAGUAAGAGCACGACUCUGCUGUAGGCAAAUUUAUGUUGUGUUUGUUUUGGUAUCCCAUCCAUACCAAGAUUAGCUUUCGUUUUAAGUACUAGACUACAUGUACAUUUAAUGAUUUAUUUCAUAUACGCAAUACACUGUUUUACUUUAGCUACCUGUUGCAAGUCUUUGCUUGGGUGAAAUUUACACAUAUAUAUAACAUUUAAGAGUCUGUGUAUUACAUUCCAAUUGAAAAUAAAAACACAAAAAUAAGAUUGCAAAAA